AUGCAAAGGGCUAGUGACAGUUCUUCUCUGAGCUUUCAAGCUUUGGAAUUCAUUGCCCACUUUUUGUUUUUCUUUUUUCUCUGCAUUUUCAAUUUUCCUUCAGGAUUGUUGGACAUUUUGAUGAGAGGCCGAAGUAGAAACCUUAUCCAUCUAUGGAGAUUUUGAUGCAGUUGAUGUCGCUUGAGCUUUGUCUUUGGCGGUUUCCUUACAAUUUUUUUCAGAUGGAAUGGCAGAUCCUGCUAGUAAUGGGAGUCUUGAGCGUGAUAUUGAGCAAGCACUCAUUGCUUUAAAGAAAGGAACUCAGUUAAUAAAGUACAGCCGGAAAGCAAAGCCAAAAGUUUGCCCAUUCAGACUCUCCCUGGAUGAAACAACACUGAUUUGGAUUUCUCGUAAAAAGGAAAGGAAUCUGAAAUUAUCUUCAGUUUCACGUAUUAUCCCUGGACAAAGAACUGCCGUCUUUAGAAGAUAUUUGCAACCUGAAAAGGAUUAUCUUUCAUUUUCACUUCUUUAUAAUAACGGGGAGCGUACACUUGAUCUGAUAUGCAAGGACAAAGCUGAGGCAGAGGUAUGGUUUGCAGGCCUUAAGACAUUAAUUUCAACUGGAAAGCUUAAUAAUAGGCGUACUAGAAGUGAAUUACCUGAUUUUCAGGAUGGUGCUGAUUUUAUUCCAAAUGGUCGUCCUUUUGGUGCAGCACUAGAGUUUACUUCAAGCAUUGCUCGUGGUAGGUUCUCUACUGAUUCAGCUUCUCGUGAGUCAGCAAACCCACAUGUUGGGUUAGAGCGUGCAAAUAUGCAGCCAAGGACAAGUGUUGGAGAUGGUUUUCGUGUUAGUGUGUCGAGUACACCUAGCUGUUCAAGUGGAGGAUCAGGAACAGAUGAUAUAGAGUCACUAGGUGAUGUUUAUAUAUGGGGUGAGGUUUUUGCAGACAGUGGUUCAACUGAUGGAUUUGGCACUCAGGUCAGUUCCACAACAGACGUGUUGAUUCCUAAGCCCUUAGAGUCAAGUAUUGUUCUUGAUGUUCAACAGAUUGCAUCUGGUGUGCGCCACAUCGCACUAGUUACUAGGCAAGGAGAGGUUUUUACUUGGGGAGAAGAAUCUGGGGGAAGACUUGGUCAUGGAAUUGAUAAAGAUGUUGGUCACCCCCAAAUAGUUGAGUUUCUAGCAGUUACUAAUGUGGAUUUUGUUGCAUGUGGAGAGAAUCAUACAUGUGCUGUAUCUACAUCAGAUGAUCUUUUCUCAUGGGGUGAUGGCACAUAUAAUGUUGGACUUCUUGGCCAUGGCACUGAAGUUAGCCAUUGGAUACCAAGGAGGAUUAGUGGCCCUCUGGAAGGACUUCAAGUUAUAUCUGUUGCAUGUGGCACAUGGCAUUCAGCAUUGGCAACUUCUAAUGGAAAACUUUUUACCUUUGGUGAUGGAACAUUUGGUGUCUUGGGUCAUGGAAAUAGAGAGAGUGUAUCAUAUCCAAAGGAGGUACAAUUAUUAAGUGGAUUGAAGACUAUUAAGGUUGCAUGUGGAGUAUGGCAUACUGCAGCUAUUGUAGAGGUUAUGUUUCAGUCCGGUUCACAUGUUUCAUCCAGGAAGCUAUUCACUUGGGGAGAUGGUGACAAAUAUCGUUUAGGACAUGGAAACAAGGAAACAUACCUUCAACCCACCUGUGUCUCUGCACUCAUUGAAUAUAACUUCCACCAGAUAGCAUGUGGACACACUAUGACUGUGGCCCUUACUACUUCUGGUCAUCUCUUCACUAUGGGAGGCACUGAAAAUGGUCAACUAGGAAAUCCUUCCUCUGAUGGAAAAAUACCUGGCCUAGUACAAGACAAGUUGGUUGGUGAAUUUGUUGAGGAAAUAUCAUGUGGAGCUCAUCAUGUUGCAGUCUUGACAUCAAGAAGUGAACUAUAUACUUGGGGGAAAGGUGCCAAUGGAAGAUUAGGACAAGGAGACAUAGAGGAUAGAAAAUUUCCAACAGUGGUGGAAGCCUUGAAAGAUAGGCAUGUAAAAAAUAUCUCUUGUGGCUCAAACUUUACAUCUUGCAUAUGCAUCCAUAAAUGGGUAUCUGGAGUUGACCAAUCUGCUUGCACAGGUUGUAGACAACCAUUUGGUUUUACUAGAAAAAGGCAUAACUGUUAUAAUUGUGGAUUAGUGCAUUGCCAUGCUUGUAGUUCAAAAAAGGCAUUGAAAGCAGCAUUGGCUCCAACACCAGGAAAACCUCAUCGUGUGUGUGAUUCUUGUUAUGCUAAGCUUAAAGCUGUUGAGGCAGGUAUUACUCCUAAUUUGAAUAGAAAAGUUACUACCCCACCUCGUGGUUCCUUAGAUGGCAGAGAAAGAUUUGGCCUGGGAGAAAUAAGGUCUUCAAGGAUUCUCUUGCCUCCUACCAUAGAACCAAUAAAAUACCUUGAAAUAAGGGCUAAUAAGCCUGGAAACUUUUAUUCUUCCGGGUUCGCACCUUCUCAAGUUCCAACACAUUUACAAUUGAAAGAUAUUGCAUUUUCAAGUUCAGCAAGUUCCAUUCAAUAUGCUUUGAAGCCUGCCAUACCUCCAAGUCCCCCACCAACUCCACCUCUGAACUCAAGACCAGCAUCUCCAUAUGUAAGAAGGCCGAGCCCACCGCGUUCUGGCACUCCUGGAUUUUCUAGAAGUCUUAUUGAUAGUUUGAGGAAGACAAAUGAGAUUUUGAAUCAAGAAGUCUCAAAAUUGCAGAACCAAUUUCGAAGUUUGAAGCAGAAAAGUGACAUGGAAAUUAAGAAGCUUCAGAAAAAUGUUCAGGAAGCUACCUCGUUGGCUGGAGAGGAAUCCUCCAAGCAUAGAGCAGUUAAAGAAUUUAUUGAGUCCACAGUAGAUCAGUUGAAGGAAAUGACUGAGAAGUUACCACCAGAAGAUUUGGAAAGUGAAAAUUUGAGAACCAUGCUAACUCGAGCUGAAGAUUUUCUAAAAGAAAAUUCAGAAUCUGAAACAUCUUCUGUACCAUCAAACUUGGAGUCCGAGCAACAAAAUGAACCGAAUACACCAGCCUCAAAUAGUGACUCUUCCAAACUGCAAGAACACAGAAUAGAAGAAGAUAAUGAAGCUGAAGGAGAUAACCAAUCUCAAGACGGAGGAAAUGUCCUUCAAGAAAGUAAUAGUUCAUCUUUAUCCAGUACCGAAGCAACAGUGCCUCCACAAAGCUCUGAAAAUCACCCAAAAUCACUGGACUCUUCAAGAUCAGGGAGAGAAGGAGAAACACAAGUCAUUGAACAAUUUGAACCUGGUGUUUAUGUUACUCUAAUAGUAAAGCAUGGUGGUAUCAAAGUUUUCAAACGAGUUAGAUUCAGUAAGCGAAGGUUCCAUGAGCAUCAGGCAGAAGAAUGGUGGAACAAAAACAAAGAAAGGGUGCUUAGGAAAUAUAGUCUGCCUGCUACUACAAGUCAAGAAGGUACUGAGUCAUCUAGCACCCCACCACCUGCUGAGCAAAAUAUUGAGGCAGCACCUUCCGAAACUUGAAUCCUAGUUUACAUAGAAAUCACCUUAGUUUGUUAAAGUGAUAAGACAA